ACUCAAAAGCCCUAACCUAAUCCCUAAGCCUAAACUCGCCUGUCACUGGGGAUACAAUUGAAUCCACCGGCAAGUUUCUUUGACACUGGUAAAGCCCAAAAAAAUCUGUAAUAAUUUAAGGAAAGCCCCAAAAAGUUUGCGAAAAAUGGGAAAAGCGAAAGAUAAGAAUGGAAGUGUGAAGUUAUUUGAUGAUGACGGUAAUGGGUUGAAUGAUGACGUUUCGAAGAUUGAGAUUAAUCAAGAAUUUGCCCGUCGAUAUGAGCACAAUAAGAAGAGGGAAGACUUGCAGAGAAUUCAGGAACUGGAAAAGAAAGGGAUCGUCAAUUUUAGAGAUGAUGAUUCGGAAGAGUCUUCUUCGGAAGAAGAGGAGGAGGACAUGCUUAUAACAAGUAAGAAACAGGAUUUGAAAUUUUUGGAUGCUUUGAUUAAGGUGAAAAAACAAGAUACUUCAUUAAACAGUAAAGAGGCAAAGUUGUCCUUUUCUGAUUCCGAGUCAAUGUCGGAGUAUGAAAAUGAUAAUACGAAUGAGAACCGAAACCUAGAUGAUAAUAAUGACGGUAGAAAGGGGACGAAACCCAUGUAUUUGAAAGAUGUUGUUUCAAAGCAUUUAAUUGAGGAGGGCCCGGAGUUCAAUGAUGAAGGUGACGAUGAUAAUGAAGAUGUGAAUAAUAAGAAUAUUGAUGUUAAUGUGAAAGUAAAGAGUUUUUUGGAAGAACAAGAGGAGUCAAGGAGGGAGUUUUUAAAGGUGUUUGAGGAGGCUGCGAAUGUUGAGGACGAGGAAGGGGAUUUUUUCAGUGUGAAAAAUGGCAUCGGUAAAAGGGAAGAGGACGAUGGUGAAAUUGACGAAAAGUUGGAUGAAUAUUUUGGGGAGGAUGAAAAGCUAGAUGAGAACACUAAGUUCUUAAAAGAUUAUUUUCGGAAUGAAUUGUGGCUGGAUGAUGGUAAAAGUAAUAAUAUUGUGGAUGAGGAUGUCGGGUUUUCAGAGGAUGAGGAAGAGAUAGAAAAGCAAGAGGAUUUUGAGAGGGGCUAUAAUUGUAGGUUUGAAGAGAAUGCGGGGGAUAGAGUAAUGGGUCAUUCACGAAAAGUGGAGGGUUCUGUGAGGAAGAAAGAGAAUGCUAGAAAGUUGCAGAGGGAGAGGAAGGAAGAGAGAAUGAUGCAGGCUGAGUAUGAGCGGAAUGAGGAAUUGAAGCAUUUGAAGAACUUGAAGAUAAAGGAGAUUAAAGAGAAAUUGCAAAAGAUUAGGGAGGCUGCAGGAAUUGGGGAGGAUGGCAAUUAUUUGUUGGAUGAGGAUGAUUUGGAGGAAGAAUUUGAUCCCGAGGAGUAUGACAGGAAGAUGAAGGAAGCAUUUGAUAAAAAAUAUUACAACGCAGAGGAUAUGGAUCCAGAGUUUGGGAGCGGUAGCGAUGAAGAUGCAGCUGAGUAUGAGAAACCUGAUUUUGUUGAGGAAGAUAGGUUGCUUGGACUUCCAAAUGGUUGUGACGAGAUGGAGGAGACUGGAGAUGGAUUCUUGUCAGCCAGGCAAAGAAUUUUGAAAAGUAAGGUCCAUGGUGAAGAUGAAAAUCAGCUUGUAGAAGAUGAGGGAAAUGAUCCUAAAGAGGGUAAGCGGAAAAGAAAGCGGAAGCCCAGUGAAAUGGAGAACGCAGUUAAAGAGCAACUGAUGGAGGAGUAUUAUAAGUUGGAUUAUGAAGAUACAAUAGGAGACUUGAAAACAAGGUUCAAGUACAAACCUGUCAAGUCUUAAAGAUUUGGAUUGAGCACCGAAGAGAUUUUGAUGCUGGACGACAAGGAGUUGAACCAGUAUGUUUCUAUGAAGAAGCUGGCUCCUUACAGGGAGAAGGAAUGGAAAGUGCCUCGAAUUAAAACAUACCAGCAAAAACUGAGGAACAAAGCACUUCUUGAAGGAGAGACAUCAAAUAUUAAUAACAAGUAUUAUGACAAGACACGACGUAACGGUAUGGAAAAAACAAAAGUGGUUAGUGUGGCAGACAAUGAGAAAUUACCAAUGGAAGAAUCGAAUGGUGAUACAACCAAUUUAUCCAGACGAAUUAAGAGAAGGCGUCGUCAAGCAGAACUGAAACUGUCACAUUCGAGACUUAUGGCGUAUGGAAAAAUCCAUUCCAAACCUAAAAGUACGAAGCAUUAGAGCAGAGAAUGGUAAAAAAUUUGGCAAUAUUUCUAUUGAAGGUAAUACGAUGAGCUCGACUUGUGUUAUUCUUGACCUAUUAUUCAUCUUUUUCUUCGUUAGAUUUUUAGAAAAAUUUGACCAAUCUCUUAAUAGACAAAGUUUGACGAGAAACGAAUAUUUUCAUAUGAAUUUCUGUAUAAUAAAGUGAAGUUGAAGGAAGAAGAUUAUAUUGAACAUCAAAAUUAUGGUUAUUAAAGCUUGUUUUGACAUUAGACAAGCAUCUGAUGAAAGUAAUUUUGGAAUCCGUUUAUGUUACAAAUAAAUUUGUAGUUCAGCCAAUAUUCUUAAGCUGAAAGACUAAUGCAAAACUAGAAAACGGUAUUUAAAAAGUACUGAUCAAAUCUUUUCCAAUUGAAACUUGAGUCGGCAGUGUCUGGUGUCUCCUGCGAUAGUAAGAAAUUGGAUCCUGAGCACAUUAUGCAUUGCACAGGGUUAAAAUGGUGCUGAUUUAAACGGGGUUAACCGACUAUUGCAAACUUCCCGCUCAGAUUGUGAAAAUUUCUUACCAAGUUCAUCGUCUAGCCCAGUAUUAUGAUCAAGAGGAGCAAGGUAAAACAUCUGGUUCACUUGACAGACUUGCUGGUGGUGAGAUGGGAGGAAUGCUCAUCAUUAUCUGUUUUCGUUCAGACUGGAAUUAAUUCCAAGGCUUGGAGGGAUGUUCCCACCCGAGUUUUUGGUUUAAUGUCUUACACCACAAUGGGUGAAAACAUAUUUAUUUGGCCCAUUGCAGUUUUGUUGAAUUGAAAACUGAAGUGAUGAAUAUAUAUUUCGUUUCUCUCUCUUGAAGUUUUUGUGUUGUGAAAGCCAGCAGAGUUGGCAUGUAAGAGUCGUAAAUUUUAGAAUAGAUCAUUUACAUGAUAUGUUGCUUCCGGUUACUAUUAUCUUAAGUGACAAACAUGCCUUACAUUUUGCUUGUUUAUGGAAGGAUUUUUAAACU